AUGGCUCGAGGAGGAGGAGGAGUUGGUGCGAAGAAGAAAGGAGUGACGUUCGUGAUUGAUUGCACUAAACCAGUCGAUGAUACGAUUAUGGAGAUCGCUACGCUUGAGAAGUUUCUUCAGGAACGAAUCAAGGUCGGAGGUAAAACCGGUGCUCUUGGUAACUCCGUUUCGAUUACACGAGAUAAAGGAAAGAUCACCGUCAACGCCGAUUCCACUUUCUCCAAACGGUACUUGAAGUAUCUAACCAAGAAGUAUCUGAAGAAGUACAAUAUCCGAGAUUGGCUUCGCGUGAUUGCGUCCAACAAAGAUAAAAACCUCUACGAGUUGAGAUAUUUCAACAUUGAAGACGAAGCAGGUGAAGAGGAAGAAGAUUAA